GAAAAACAGAGUGUUUUGCUCAUUUAUGGGUAGAGAGAGGGAGAGAGCAGUUGUGAACAAACUCUCACCAAUCCAAACAUUUAUGCAUUCUCCAAAAAUUGAACACUCCCACUCGCAACGCCGCUCACGGGCACAGUCCAACCAGUGAAAUUAAAUGUGUUUGGUAAAAGAAUUGAAUCCUCUCCUGUGCUGGUGGAUGGCCUUAUUCACUCCAUUCUUCUCUCUAAAUACCCCUUCACUCACACUCUGCAAUCCAAUACAAAACUCUAACUCUUUUUUCCUCUCUCUCUCUCUCUCUCUACCAGCCAUGUCCAUGUCCAUCUCCAUCUCCAUCUCCUCUCUCUCCUCGUCUUUUCACCUGAGCGACAUCCUCUUUGUGGUGACAUGCCUUGCCAUCGCAUCCCUGUGGUGGCAACGCUGGUCUCGAACGGGAGGGGGCCGCACGGGGCUCCCGCCCGGCCCACCUGGUUGGCCCAUCAUAGGCAAUCUCGGCCAAGUGGUCCUCCAAAACCGCCCUUUCAUAUUCGUGGUCCGCGACCUCAGAGCCAAGUACGGUCCCAUAUUCACCAUGCAGAUGGGCCAGCGCACCCUCAUCAUAAUAACCGACGCGGCCCUCAUCCAUGAGGCCUUGAUCCAGAAGGGCCCGCUCUUCGCGAGCCGGCCUGUCGACUCGCCCACGAGGCUCGUCUUCAGCGUCGGAAAGUGCACCGUCAACUCGGCCGAGUACGGCCCCCUCUGGAGAACCCUGCGUCGAAACCUGGUCACCGAGGUGAUCUCGCCCUCGCGAGUGAGGGACUUCUCCUGGAUUCGCACCUGGGCCAUGAAGAACCACUUAGAGAGACUCAAGCUCCAAGCACAAGAGAAAGGUUUCAUUGAGGUUCUCUCCAGUUGUAGGGUAACCAUCUCUAGCAUACUGGUGUGCAUCUGUUUUGGGGCAAAAGUUGCAGAGGACGAGAUCCUAAAACUAGACAAUGUGUUGAAGGACAUCAUGCUCUUAUCAGCCCCUAAAUUACCUGACUUCCUCCCCAUUUUCACCCCCUUGUUUAGAGGUCAGCUAAAGUUUGCUAGAGAGCUGAGGAAAACCCAAAUGGAGUGCUUAGUUCCAUUGAUCGAGAGGCGCCAAGCUUUCCUUAAUGGCGGAGAAGACAGUGACAUGGUGAGCCCAAAAGGAGCAGCAUACAUAGACUCUUUGUUUGAUCUAGAGGUAGAGGGGAGAGGAAAAUUAGGGCAUGAAGAGUUGGUGUCCCUUGUAUCUGAGAUCAUCAAUGCAGGCACUGAUACAAGUGCAACCACCAUAGAGUGGGCAACGUUGCACCUGGUCUUGGACCAAAAACUCCAAGAAAAGUUGUACCGAGAGAUCAUAGAAGUGGUGGGUAAAGAUGGGGCCAUUACUGAGAGUGGCGUAGAAAAGAUGGUUUAUUUAGGGGCUAUAGUGAAGGAAACAUUUAGGAGGCACCCACCUAGCCACUUUGUGCUGAGCCAUGCAGCUAUUAAGGACACAACCCUAGCUGGAUAUAGGGUCCCUUCUGAUGCUAGUGUUGAGUUUUAUACUGCUUGGCUCUCUGAGGACCCUAAUAUGUGGGAGGACCCUAAGGAGUUUAGGCCUGAGAGGUUCUUGGUUGGGGAUGGGAAAGAUGUUGAUAUAACUGGGUCAAGGCAUGUCAAGAUGAUGCCUUUUGGGAUUGGGAGGAGGAUUUGCCCUGCUUGGACACUGGGGACUUUGCAUGUCCAUUUGAUGCUUGCUAGGAUGGUUCAGGCUUUCAGGUGGGUGCCGGACGAGUCGGCCCCGCCGGACCCAACAGAGACGUUCGCGUUUACGGUCGUCAUGAAGAACCCGCUCAGGGCGCGGAUCGUGCCCAGGUAGGGUGCUGGUGGAGGCUUCUCUCUCUCCAUCUCUUUCUCUGCUAUGUCAGUAUCUCGCUUUCGCUAAUCCUCUCUAUAUACAUAAUGUUUGUGAUUUUAUGUUUCUUAAAUCUCGUUUUAACGUACCCUCUGCCGCAGAUCAUCCAGCUCUCUCUAUCUCUAUCUCUAUCUCUGGUCCUGUUAUUAAGUGAUUUUGUGUCGAGGUUUUAUGGACUUUCAGAAUGACAGCUCAGUCUAUUAAAGAGAAUACAUAUAUAGUUAUUGGUGAAGUAAUUGUCAUUACAGUGGUGUACAUGUGAUAUAAGUAUAAUUCUUAUGGAUGAAUUAGAAAGCAGUAGUGCCAUCGUUUUCUAA